UGGGAAGGAGAACCCUGGAAACGCGCGUGUGUAGAGGAAAAUAAGUACACAAUGUUUCCAUGAAAAGAGUCAAGGCUGACUUUGUAACCAAAGCGGAACUAUAAGCAAACUCCUGAGUGAGAGAAACUGAAAUAUUCCACUCUCCAUCCUUCCUGGAUCCCAUCAUGAGCUACAGGAAGAUGGACAAGCAUGGAAGCCCACAGUAUUGCCGCCAUUUUCUGGCUGACAACAGCAUCUUCCAUGUUGAGCGAUGCAUGAGCGUGAUGCAGUCGGGGACUCAGAUGGUGAAGCUGAAGAACGGUUCUAAAGGUCUGGUCCGGCUCUUCUAUUUGGAUGAACACCGUUCCUGCAUCCGCUGGAGACCGUCUCGCAAGAGUGAGAAAGCCAAGAUCACCAUCGACUCACUCUACAAGGUCACAGAAGGUCGUCAGUCUGACAUUUUCCAUCGCCAUGCAGAAGGUACCUUUGAUCCGAGUUGUUGUUUCACUAUUUACCAUGGCAAUCAAAUGGAAUCCCUGGACUUGGUCACCUCUAAUUCAGAGGAAGCAAGGACAUGGGUGACUGGACUCCGAUAUCUGAUGGCCGGUAUCAGUGAUGAAGAUUCGCUAGCUAAGAGACAGCGCACACAUGACCAGUGGAUGAAGCAGACCUUCGAGGAGGCUGAUAAGAAUGGAGAUGGUCUUCUGAACAUUGAAGAGAUCUACCAGCUUUUACACAAGUUGAACGUCAACUUGCCUCGCAGAAAAGUCAAACAGAUGUUCCAGGAAGCAGACACUGAUGACCAGCAGGGCACACUGACGUUUGAGGAGUUCACUGUCUUCUAUAAGAUGAUGUCGUUAAGGCGAGACCUCUAUCUGCUGCUCAUGUGUUUCAGUGAGAAAAAGGAUCACCUGACCGCAGAGGAACUUGGAAACUUUCUGUGUAUGGAGCAAAAGGUCAGGUUCACCAACUACAUGCGGAGCCCAGUCUGUGAUGUGUUCAACCCUCAGCACAACGAGGUCAAUCAAGACAUGGAUCAGCCUCUGUGUAACUAUUUCAUAGCCUCUUCCCACAACACCUACCUGACUGGAGAUCAGCUGCUGUCCCACUCCAAGACGGACAUGUAUGCUUGGGUCCUGCAGGCCGGCUGCCGCUGUGUGGAGGUGGACUGUUGGGAUGGUCCAGACGGGGAGCCUAUGGUCCAACACGGUUACACUCUGACCUCCAAGAUCACCUUUAAAUCUGUCAUUGAGACCAUCAACAAAUACGCCUUUGUAAACAAUGAGUUCCCUGUGAUCCUGUCCAUAGAGAAUCACUGCAGCAUUCAGCAGCAGAAGAAGAUAGCUCAGCACCUGAAAGAGAUCUUCGGAGACAAGCUGGAUGUGGUGGAGGCUCUGAACAAAGACCCAAAGCAGCUCCCCAGUCCGAACUCCCUGAAGGGCAAGCUACUUAUAAAGAAUUCCAAAGAUGGAAUGAAGAAAUCCCAGAGCCGCUCCUUCAUUAGCAACCUGAAACACAAGUCCAAUGGGUCCAGUCAGCACCAGGUGGAGUCCCACAUCAGGAAGAAACUAGACUCACUUAUGAAAGAGUCUCAAAUCGGGGACAAAGAGGACACAGACAGUUUCUCUAUCAGAGCGCUGCUCCGUGCCACCCAUGAGGGCAUCCAAAGAAACCUGCGCAAG